AUUUCUGAGUGCUGCGGCUGCAGCAGGCAAAGUCGUGCCACACACUUUUUUAACCAACGAAUUCAAGUGCAACGAAAUGCAAGAACUGAAUAUAAACCGUAGCAUGGCUCUCAAGUGAAGGCAAACACACACAAAAACACUGACAGACAGACAGACACAGGGAGACACACCGAGCAAGACACACACACAUUCCAGUGGCUGUCGACAGCGCUAUCAAAUUUUAGGAUAACAACAAGCCAAAGCAAAUCAAUUCCUUUCAAGAUGACGGAGCAAAAGAAUCAAGUGACGCGCGCAGCGCCGGAGCAGAGCAACGAUUAUCGUGUCGUCGUCUUUGGCGCUGGGGGCGUUGGCAAAAGUUCCCUGGUGCUGCGUUUCAUAAAGGGCACAUUCCGAGAGAGCUAUAUACCCACCAUUGAGGACACCUACCGGCAGGUGAUUAGCUGCAAUAAGAACAUUUGCACAUUACAAAUAACGGACACGACAGGAUCACAUCAGUUUCCGGCUAUGCAACGAUUGUCCAUAUCAAAGGGUCAUGCAUUCAUAUUGGUCUACUCGGUGUGCUCGAAACAGAGCCUCGAGGAACUGCGACCCAUCUGGGCGCUCAUCAAGGAGCUAAAGGGCGAUGUGAACUCCAUACCGGUGAUGCUUGUGGGCAAUAAAUGCGAUGAGAGCACCGAGCUGCGUGAGGUGUCGCAAAUCGAGGGUCAGGCUCAGGCGACCAGCUGGAGUAUAUCAUUUAUGGAGACAUCGGCCAAAACCAAUCACAAUGUGACCGAGCUGUUUCAGGAGCUGCUCAACAUGGAGAAGACGCGCACCGUCUCCCUGCAGCUGGACACGAAAAAGCAAAAGAAACAGAAAAAGGAAAAGAAAUGCAAGGAGACAAACGGCGCCAUUCCGGAAAAUGGAGAGGCGAGCGCCAGUGGCGCCGGUGUUAAGGAAAAGUGCGGCGUUAUGUAACGUGUUGUUGGCAAGCUUAACUUGGUGAGAGACAAAUACUCGCAUACUUGGGACAAGGGCAGGACUCAAAUAAAAAAUUUAAAAAAAAAAAACAAAACAACUCAUCCCACACCCAGACAAAAGAAACACAUAUGCAUAUACAUAUACUAUAUAUAUACUAUAUAUACUAUAUAUAUAUAUAUACCACUUUGGGACUGAUGUUAUCAGAGAACAGC